UCUCCCUAUAUUUCAUCACUCUCCUUCACUCACCUCUCCCUUCCUUCAUUUCUCUCCCCCGAGAAAAAAGAAAAAAGAAAAAGAAAAAGAAAAAGGGAAAAAAUUUCCUUCGCCAUUUUCCCAAUAAACCCUAUCUCCAUCAAAAUCAUUACCAAAUAUCACUUCUCUCUCUAAUACUCUCCCAACCUCUCUCAUUCUCCCUCGAUUUCUCUCUCCUAGGGUUUCAAAAUUUCGCAUCAGCUGAGGGUUUAGGGUUUUUGCUUCCGCGAUGUGGAACGGGAACAAUCCCAUGGCGCCACCGCCGGCGCCGGGGACUUCGAUUCCUCCGCCGCCGGCUAUGCAACCGUCUUACACUGUGCUGCAGCCGCCACCACAGCAGCCGCAGCAGGAGGAAUCUCCGGCGGAAGCUGAGGCAAGGUUAGAGGAGAAAGCAAGGAAGUGGAUGCAGCUUAAUUCGAAGCGGUAUGGUGAUAAGAGGAAGUUUGGGUUUGUUGAGACGCAGAAGGAGGAUAUGCCUCCUGAGCAUGUUCGGAAGAUUAUUCGUGAUCACGGUGACAUGUCUUCUAAGAAAUUCCGCCAUGAUAAACGUGUGUAUCUCGGGGCUUUGAAGUUUGUUCCUCAUGCUGUCUACAAGCUUCUUGAAAAUAUGCCAAUGCCUUGGGAGCAGGUUCGGGAUGUCAAAGUUCUCUAUCACAUCACUGGAGCAAUCACAUUUGUUAAUGAAAUACCGUGGGUUGUUGAACCUAUCUAUUUGGCUCAAUGGGGUACAAUGUGGAUUAUGAUGAGAAGAGAAAAGAGAGAUCGUCGGCAUUUUAAAAGAAUGAGAUUUCCCCCUUUUGACGAUGAGGAGCCUCCAUUGGAUUAUGCUGACAAUGUUUUGGAUGUGGAUCCACUCGAACCAAUUCAACUAGAAUUGGAUGAAGAAGAAGAUUCUGCUGUGUGCACAUGGUUCUAUGAUCACAAACCUCUCGUGAAAACAAAACUUAUCAAUGGGCCAAGUUAUAGAAGAUGGCAUCUUUCCCUGCCAAUUAUGGCAACUCUCUAUAGGUUUGCUGGGCAAUUGCUCUCUGAUAUGGUCGACAGGAACUACUUCUAUUUGUUUGACAUGGAAUCAUUUUUCACAGCAAAAGCACUGAACAUGUGCAUACCUGGAGGCCCAAAGUUUGAGCCUUUGUACCGUGACAUGGAGAAAGGUGACGAGGACUGGAAUGAGUUCAAUGACAUCAACAAGCUUAUUAUCCGUUCACCAUUAAGAACUGAGUACAGAAUUGCAUUUCCACAUCUGUACAAUAACAGACCAAGGAAAGUGAGGCUGUGUGUAUACCACACUCCGAUGGUGAUGUAUAUAAAAAGCGAAGAUCCUGAUCUUCCAGCGUUUUAUUACGAUCCAUUGAUUCAUCCCAUUACCUCGUCUCAUAAAGACCGGCGUGAUAAAAAAGCAUAUGAAGAGGAUGAUGAUGAUUUUGAGCUGCCUGAAGUCGUUGAGCCAUUGCUCGGUGACACUCAGUUGUACACUGACACGACGGCAGCUGGAAUCUCUCUGCUGUGUGCUCCACGACCGUUCAACAUGAGGUCUGGUCGCACUCGACGUGCAGAAGAUAUACCACUGGUUUCAGAGUGGUACAAGGAGCAUUGCCCACCAUCAUAUCCUGUUAAGGUUCGUGUCAGCUAUCAGAAGUUGUUGAAAUGUUUUGUGCUGAACGAGCUGCAUCACAGGCCACCAAAAGCUCAGAAAAAGAAGCAUCUUUUCAGAUCCCUUGCGGCUACAAAGUUUUUCCAGAGUACUGAACUAGAUUGGGUUGAAGUAGGCCUCCAGGUUUGCAGGCAAGGGUACAACAUGCUUAACCUGCUUAUCCAUCGGAAAAAUCUGAACUAUUUGCAUCUUGAUUAUAAUUUCAACUUGAAGCCUGUAAAGACACUUACUACCAAGGAACGUAAGAAGUCGAGAUUUGGUAACGCAUUUCACUUGUGUCGAGAAAUUCUCCGUUUGACAAAACUUGUGGUUGAUGCCAAUGUCCAGUUCCGUUUGGGUAAUGUGGAUGCCUUCCAACUUGCUGAUGGCUUGCAGUAUAUCUUUUCACAUGUUGGACAGUUAACGGGAAUGUAUCGUUAUAAAUAUAGGCUCAUGAGACAGAUCAGAAUGUGCAAGGAUCUGAAGCACUUAAUUUAUUACCGCUUCAAUACUGGGCCGGUUGGUAAGGGACCUGGAUGUGGCUUCUGGGCACCAAUGUGGAGAGUCUGGCUUUUCUUCCUUCGUGGUAUAGUGCCAUUGCUGGAGAGGUGGUUGGGUAACCUACUUGCUAGACAGUUCGAAGGUCGGCAUUCUAAAGGAGUGGCAAAGACUGUAACCAAGCAGCGUGUUGAAAGUCACUUUGACUUGGAGCUUCGAGCUGCUGUAAUGCAUGAUGUCCUUGAUGCUAUGCCAGAGGGUAUUAAGCAAAAUAAGGCGAGAACCAUUUUGCAGCAUCUCAGUGAAGCAUGGCGCUGUUGGAAAGCAAAUAUCCCCUGGAAGGUUCCAGGUUUGCCUGUGCCUAUUGAAAAUAUGAUCCUUCGUUAUGUGAAGGCGAAAGCUGAUUGGUGGACAAAUGUUGCUCAUUAUAACCGUGAACGUAUCAGAAGAGGAGCCACCGUUGACAAGACAGUCUGUCGUAAGAAUCUUGGGAGGUUGACUCGUUUGUGGUUAAAAGCAGAGCAAGAACGCCAGCACAAUUAUCUGAAGGAUGGGCCGUAUGUUACACCUGAAGAAGCUGUGGCUAUUUACACUACCACUGUGCAUUGGCUCGAGUCAAGGAAGUUCUCCCCCAUACCAUUCCCGCCCUUGUCAUAUAAGCAUGACACCAAGCUUCUCAUACUUGCCCUUGAGAGGUUGAAGGAAUCAUAUAGUGUUGCUGUUAGAUUAAAUCAACAGCAGAGAGAAGAGUUGGGUUUGAUUGAGCAGGCUUAUGAUAACCCACAUGAGGCACUGUCCAGAAUCAAACGUCACCUGCUCACUCAGCGUGCUUUCAAAGAAGUUGGCAUUGAGUUUAUGGAUCUAUAUAGUUAUCUCAUACCUGUUUAUGAGAUUGAGCCACUUGAAAAGAUUACAGAUGCUUAUCUUGAUCAAUAUCUGUGGUAUGAAGGGGACAAGAGGCACCUGUUCCCAAAUUGGGUGAAGCCUGCAGAUACUGAGCCACCUCCUCUCUUGGUGUACAAAUGGUGCCAAGGGAUUAAUAACCUGCAAGGUAUAUGGGAUACAAGUGACGGACAGUGUGUGGUGAUGUUGCAGACCAAGUUUGAGAAGUUCUUUGAGAAGAUUGAUUUGACUAUGCUCAAUAGACUUUUGCGGUUGAUUCUGGAUCACAAUAUUGCUGAUUAUGUUACUGCCAAGAAUAACGUGGUUUUGUCUUACAAGGAUAUGAGUCAUACCAACUCUUAUGGGCUGAUACGGGGUCUUCAGUUUGCCUCAUUUGUUGUACAGUAUUACGGCCUUGUACUUGAUCUUCUUAUUCUGGGUUUGACCCGAGGAAGUGAAAUUGCUGGUCAACCGCAAAUGCCUAAUGAGUUCAUGACUUUUUGGGAUACAAAGGUUGAAACUAAGCAUCCUAUUCGGCUGUAUUCUCGUUAUAUUGAUAGGGUGCAUAUAUUAUUCCGCUUCACUCAUGAAGAGGCCCGAGAUCUUAUCCAACGGUACCUUACUGAGCAUCCUGACCCCAAUAACGAGAAUAUGGUUGGGUACAACAACAAAAAGUGUUGGCCCAGAGAUGCUCGCAUGAGGCUCAUGAAGCAUGAUGUUAACUUGGGUAGAAGUGUUUUCUGGGACAUGAAGAAUCGACUUCCACGGAGUAUCACUACCUUAGAGUGGGAGAACAGUUUUGUCUCUGUCUACAGCAAGGAUAACCCCAAUUUGCUAUUCAGCAUGUGUGGAUUUGAGGUGCGUAUAAUGCCUAAGAUAAGGAUGACACAAGAAGCGUUUAGCAACACCAAAGAUGGGGUGUGGAACUUGCAGAAUGAGCAGACCAAAGAGCGAACAGCUGUUGCUUUCUUAAGGGUUGAUGAUGAACACAUGAAAGUUUUCGAGAAUCGGGUGAGGCAGAUUCUUAUGUCUUCUGGCUCAACAACCUUCACGAAGAUUGUCAACAAAUGGAACACUGCCCUCAUUGGCCUCAUGACUUACUUCCGAGAGGCGACAGUACAUACUCAAGAGCUCUUAGACUUGCUGGUGAAGUGUGAGAACAAAAUACAAACUCGUAUCAAGAUUGGAUUGAACUCCAAAAUGCCUAGCAGGUUUCCUCCUGUCAUCUUCUACACACCAAAGGAAAUUGGAGGGCUUGGAAUGCUGUCAAUGGGUCACAUAUUGAUUCCACAGAGUGACCUCCGGUACAGCAGACAAACUGAUGUUGGGGUGACCCACUUCAGGAGUGGUAUGAGCCAUGAAGAGGAUCAGCUGAUUCCAAAUCUUUACCGUUAUAUACAGCCGUGGGAGAGUGAGUUCAUUGAUUCACAGCGUGUUUGGGCUGAGUAUGCAUUAAAGAGGCAGGAAGCGCAGUCACAGAAUCGGCGUCUUACCCUGGAAGAUCUGGAAGAUUCUUGGGAUCGUGGUAUUCCUCGAAUAAAUACUUUGUUUCAGAAGGAUCGUCAUACUUUGGCAUAUGAUAAAGGAUGGAGAGUUCGAACUGAUUUCAAGCAAUAUCAGGUUUUGAAGCAAAAUCCUUUCUGGUGGACACAUCAGAGGCAUGAUGGAAAACUCUGGAACUUGAACAAUUACAGAACUGAUGUCAUUCAGGCGCUAGGAGGAGUGGAAGGAAUUCUGGAGCAUACUUUGUUCAAGGGCACAUACUUCCCAACGUGGGAGGGUCUCUUCUGGGAGAAGGCAUCCGGUUUUGAGGAGUCUAUGAAAUAUAAGAAGCUGACAAAUGCUCAACGAUCUGGUUUGAAUCAGAUUCCUAAUCGUAGGUUUACGCUCUGGUGGUCUCCAACGAUAAAUCGAGCCAAUGUCUAUGUGGGUUUCCAAGUGCAGCUUGAUCUGACUGGUAUUUUCAUGCAUGGGAAGAUUCCAACUUUGAAGAUAUCUUUAAUCCAGAUAUUCCGUGCACAUUUAUGGCAGAAGAUCCAUGAGAGUGUUGUCAUGGAUCUUUGUCAAGUCCUGGAUCAGGAGUUGGAUGCUUUAGAAAUCGAGACGGUUCAAAAGGAGACGAUCCAUCCCAGGAAAAGUUACAAAAUGAACAGUUCUUGUGCCGACAUACUUCUGUUCGCUGCUCACAGGUGGCCGAUGUCAAAACCCAGUUUGGUGGCCGAGACAAAAGACGUGUUUGAUCAGAAGGCAAGUAAUAAAUAUUGGGUAGAUGUGCAACUUCGUUGGGGAGAUUAUGAUUCACAUGAUAUUGAGCGAUACACCAGAGCAAAGUUCUUGGACUACACGACUGAUAACAUGUCCAUAUAUCCAUCACCCAUGGGAGUCAUGAUAGCUCUUGAUUUGGCUUACAACUUGCAUUCGGCUUUUGGCAACUGGUUCCCUGGGUCCAAACCAUUGCUUGCACAAGCUAUGAACAAGAUCAUGAAGUCAAACCCCGCGCUUUAUGUUCUGAGAGAACGUAUAAGGAAAGGUCUGCAGUUGUAUUCUUCAGAACCUACUGAGCCCUAUUUGUCAUCCCAGAACUAUGGGGAGAUCUUCAGCAAUCAGAUUAUUUGGUUCGUUGAUGAUACAAAUGUCUACCGUGUGACAAUUCACAAGACAUUUGAAGGAAAUCUUACCACAAAACCCAUCAAUGGUGCUAUAUUCAUAUUUAAUCCUCGGACUGGGCAGUUGUUUUUGAAGGUUAUUCACACAAGUGUUUGGGCUGGACAGAAGCGUCUGGGUCAGCUGGCAAAGUGGAAAACAGCUGAAGAAGUAGCGGCCCUUGUUCGAUCUCUACCUGUUGAAGAACAACCGAAGCAAAUCAUUGUGACCCGUAAAGGAAUGUUGGAUCCUUUAGAAGUCCAUCUGCUUGAUUUCCCGAACAUAGUUAUCAAAGGAAGUGAGCUGCAACUUCCUUUCCAGGCUUGCUUAAAGAUUGAGAAAUUUGGUGACCUGAUCUUGAAGGCUACAGAGCCACAAAUGGUUUUGUUCAAUAUUUAUGAUGAUUGGUUGAAGAGUAUUUCUUCAUAUACAGCAUUCUCUCGGCUAAUCCUCAUACUCCGGGCACUUCAUGUCAACAACGAGAAGGCAAAGAUGUUGCUGAAGCCUGACAGGACUGUUGUAACUGAACCACAUCAUAUAUGGCCGUCCCUAAAUGACGAUCAAUGGAUGAAGGUUGAGGUCGCUUUAAGAGAUCUCAUACUUUCUGAUUAUGCCAAGAAGAACAACGUGAACACCUCGGCCUUGACCCAGUCGGAAAUUCGUGAUAUCAUUCUGGGGGCAGAGAUUACUCCCCCGUCUCAGCAAAGACAGCAAAUCGCUGAGAUUGAGAAGCAGGCAAAAUCAUCCAGUCAAUUGACAGCAGUUACAACAAAGACUUCCAAUGUGCAUGGUGAGGAAUUAAUUGUCACCACCACAAGUCCUUAUGAGCAGGCAGCUUUUAGCUCCAAGACUGAUUGGCGUGUCAGAGCAAUAUCUGCAACAAAUCUCUAUUUACGUGUGAAUCAUAUUUAUGUUAACUCGGAGGACAUAAAGGAAACAGGAUAUACUUAUAUCAUGCCAAAGAACAUUCUGAAGAAGUUCAUUUGCAUAGCAGAUUUGAGAACUCAGAUUGCAGGGUACUUGUAUGGCGUUAGCCCCCCAGACAAUCCUCAGGUGAAAGAGAUUCGAUGUAUUGCAAUGCCACCACAAUUUGGAACUCAUCAGCAGAUCAAUCUUCCUACCCAGUUGCCUGAACAUGAUUUUUUGAAUGAUUUGGAACCCUUGGGGUGGAUGCAUACGCAGCCGAAUGAACUUCCGCAGUUAUCACCUCAGGAUGUAACUAGUCAUGCUCGUAUUUUGGAGAGCAACAAGCAGUGGGAUGGGGAGAAGUGCAUCAUUCUUACUUGUAGUUUUACUCCUGGUUCAUGUUCACUGACCGCUUACAAGCUCACCCCAUCAGGAUAUGAGUGGGGACGUGCGAAUAAAGAUAAUGGCAGCAAUCCCCAUGGCUAUCUACCUACUCAUUACGAGAAGGUUCAGAUGCUGCUAAGUGAUCGGUUCCUCGGCUUCUAUAUGACUCCAGAUAGUGGACCCUGGAACUACAACUUUAUGGGGGUUAAGCACACCAGUAGCAUGAGAUACGGUGUCAAGCUUGGAACUCCCAAGGAGUAUUAUCACGAAGAGCAUCGCCCUACUCACUAUUUAGAGUUCAGCAACAUGGAGGAUGCUGAUUUUGCAGAAGGAGAUAGAGAAGACACCUUUACUUGAUUCGUAGCAUUUUAUUUACCAGAAAUUAGUUUGCCUUCUGUUUUGACACCUUUACAAGGAAGGAAUAGUCUUCAUCUUGUACCGUUCUGUUGAAUACAUGUAUAAUACAGCAAGCAAGCGUAGCAUCCUUUGACUGGUUGCUACUGUAGUAGUUGUGUACAUAAAUGAACACGGAAAAUUUUGAAAUUCCCCCAAAAAUGGUUUCUCUA